AUGAUGAGCAAGCUGGACCAACAGAUAUGGAACACCGGCACUAUCAUCUACCGCUCCAAGAUCUUCAUGUCGUGCAUGGCCGCUGCCGCCAAGGGCCGUAUCGAGGACAAGCCACGCGCAGAUCUGCUUUACCAAGUGAAGGAUGCUUUUCAGCUCUGGGAUCUCCGCUUCAUUCCGGAGUUCAACCCCAUUUUUGGGCAGCGGCAUACUCAGAUGCUUCGGCACAUCCACAAGAUUGCACUCGAUGAAGGUCUUUCCAAGAAGCGCCGUGUUGAGAACCACCUCACCGACGAGGAGCUUCUUCUGUUCUGGAUGAAGAUAGCUACUUCCGAUGGCCUCGCUGGGAUCGAUGACUAG